UGUAAUUACUACUGAUGGAAGGGUAAAAAGUGGAACAAACAGAGUCAGGAGGCGUCGGCGACCUCGCUCUCUUCCCGUGUACAACCCGCUGCCUGCUCAGCAAAGCUAACAAAAUUUGUUCCUUUUCUACCUAAACCUACUGAUCCAUUGCAGCUUUACAACAAAUUUUGUUCCUUUUCAGACUGAUCCCUACCCAUGUCGGUAUUUCACGUCUGUUUUCUAUCAUUUAGGGUUUCAUCUGUUUAGGGAAUGAUAAGCCACUGGAGAAAGGACGUGUUAAUCCUUAGUUUCUUAUUUAUCGCCUGCAUGAUUGAAAAUCCGUUGAUUGAUUUGUAUCUCUCUAUUUGUUCUUUUGAUCCCUUCUUUUUGAAUGUGAUAUGCAUGAUUCUGUUUGUCUGUUAACUUUUGAUGCUCCAUCACAUCACAUCACAUGCUUAAGUGUUGAUGCUAUUUGAGUUUGUGAAUCGUGGGCAUGGUCACUGUCCUGUUUGCAUCCGCUAAAGAAAAUUUGCAGGAUCCGACCGCAGUUCUUCCCUCCCAGAUAACACGGUAUGGAUGAAUGUGUAGGUCGUCCGUGGAGUUGACUCAAUGCCUUUGACUUCAAGUUUUUUGUGAACUAGCAAUUUAUUCAUCAAGAGAAUCUCAUGGUCCCUUUAAAUAUUAUGGAAUGUUCACAAUUUCACAUCCAGCGUCAACAAAGGAGUCACAAGUUUGAAACCUUGAAAAAUUGCAAUGAGGGAGAGAUGUAAUUGAUCCUUAUCCUACCUGAUGAAAGUUAUAUUAAUGUCCGAGGGCUGCCGUGCUGAUUCGGGUUAUGGCCGGUGCACAGGCUGUGAGAAACUCCUGGCUUUUAGCUCUUCCUCAGGUGAAGGAUGCGUGGUGGAGAACCUCAGCAGUCUUGGAGCCUACCCGGGAUCGGCUCCUCCAAUCGUCAUGGUCUCCAAUAUUUGGGAAUUUGAAGCACCGAACUUGAGGCUCCAUUCACUAGCUAUGUCAUCAUUUUAGCUCUAAAAUUUUGUAAGCUCAACUUGAACAAAUCAGCUUUUCCAUAGGAAACUAGCUGACAAAGUUGCUGCUGCUGGAUUCUCGGUGGUAGUUCCUAACUUUUUCAUGGUGAUCCCUAUAUACCUAAUCCUAACAACCCUGCAACAGCAUUGGGCAGUAUGUUUAUCAGCAUCAUGCUUUUAUGCAAUUUGAGUUUCACCAUUGUAUUUUCUCACCGUCCCUUCUUGAUGUGAUAUCUAGUUAUCGACUACUGUUUCAUGAAGCUACCAACAACCUUUAAGUUUGUGUAGGACAAAGGUCUUAAAUAUGUUAAAUCUGUAAUCAAGCAUUGGUAAAUGCACCUCUGUAUUUGGGGCUCUGCAGGAUUUAGCUGGGGUGGUGUGUUUUUCUCGCGUGCUACUUCCCUGUAUGAGCCUUCUUUUUUCUA